AUGGUCAACUUCUCCGCAGAACGCUUCUCGCCGAAGCGCCUGUCGCCCAAGCGCAUCAAGGCCAAGAUCGAGCCUCAGCUGCACUGGCAAGUGCCCAUGGAAAAGGGCGUUUACCAAGACUCUCGCUGGUCUAACCCAGAUCUUGACCCUAUCACACCCGAGAAUCGUACUUGGGGUGCUUUGGACUAUUGGGCGUACUGGACUAGUGAUAUGCUUGCGCCUCCAUUGGCAUCCACAGUGUCAUCUGUCAUGAGCUUGGGUUUUACGGCUCGCGAGACGAUCCCGAUUGUCUUCUGCGGCUUCGCGUUAUGCUCGGGAGCAUUGACCCUUACAGGAAAGAUGGGUGCUCGAUACAGCAUUCCGUUUCCAGUGCUCGUCCGCUCCAUGUUCGGAAUGUAUGGAAGUUAUCCGGUCAUCGUUCUUCGAUCGUUCGUGGCUGCCAUGUGGACGGCAAUUCUAUGUGUCCAGGCAGGCGACUUUCUCAACAACUGUCUCACGGCGAUCUGGCCAAGCUUCGCCAAUUUCCCCAAUCACUUGCCUGAGAGUGCUGGAAUCACUUCAGCCGGGCUUCUUUGCUUUUUCAUCUACUGGAUCUUUCAGACGAUUCUUGCCUGCAUGCCCAUCAAGAAGCUCCGGAUCCUCUUCCUGAUCAAGGGCAUCGUUGUCCCACCGACCUUCCUCGCCCUGUUCUUGUGGGCCGCCAUCGUCACAAAGGGAGGCGGGCCACUUGUGACCGGGCAUGCCAAAAUGACUUCGACAUACAUGAACACGGCAUAUUCCUCUCUCACCGGCUUGAACGCAAUCAUCGGCCUCUUCAGCUCCAUGGCGGUCAACUUCCCGGAUUUCAGUCGAUUCUCCAAGAACAAUCUGAAAGGAUACAACCAAUUCUUUGCAUUGCCCGUCAUUGGAACGCUGGGGGCCCUGACUCCCAUCUUCGUCACCUCGGCCCACAGCUAUCUGUGGGGAGAAUUCCAGUGGUACAUGCCUGCUGUUAUUGCCAAAUUCGACUCCCGUGCCGCCAAGUUCUUCACGGCAUUCAGCUUCAUGUUGGCCACGAUCGGUAACCAGAUCGCGGCGGGAACGUAUCCGUUUUCCAACGAUAUCUCUGGUCUGUGCCCGAAGUACAUCAACAUCUUCCGCGCCACUUUGAUCAUCUCCGUCUUCUGUGUCGUGUCGAACCCAUGGCAGAUCAUCAGAAACGCCUCCGGACUGUUGGCCUUCUUGUCCGGCUACAGCAUGUUCAUGGGGGCCAUUUGCGGGACAAUGUGCUGCCACUACUACCUUAUCGUAAACAAGAAGCUCAACAUCCACGAGAUGUACAACGGCCACGGCAUCUACCGAUACUCCAAAAUCGGUAUCAACUGGAGGGCAUAUACGUCUUUCUUCGUCGCGGUCGCACCGUUGCUGCCGGGUUUCUGCAAGAGUAUCGACGCCAACCUCAACGUCGGAGGUGCUUGGAAGAUCUAUACCUUCUCCUGCAUAUAUGGCUUUACCGUCUCAGGCCUGGUUUACUACCUCGUCUGCACUUACGUCUCGGGCGUAGGCGCUGCGAAGAUCGAUGAGGCAGUGUAUCCACCAUCUAAGUCGCAGGCAACAGACGUGGAAGUCGGAGUUGCGCCAUCAGAGGAAGAUUCAAUCGAGGAGAAAGCCGGUGUUGCGGUGUCGAUCGGAGCAAAGGAGUUUGGCCCUCAGUAG